AUGGGUUCCGGUAAGCAUCGGCAUAGCAAGGAUAAACUCUAUAUAGUAGCUUCAGAAUUUGCUAGAGAUUGGGGAGGUUACAAAGGCAACUCUGAGAAAGUUGCCAAAAGAGUUUUACCCUUUGAUCACUGCUUUCUAACACUAAACAAGUUUGAUAGUGCCUGUUGUACAGAAGAUGGGAGUGUUUUUGAUGUGAAGGCCGUGAAAUGCCAUAUUUCCAAGGGGCUAAAUCAUCCAAUUACCGGAAAUAUUUUCAAACUUAGCGAUCUUAUCUACCUCAACUUUUCAAAGGAUGAAAAUGGCAAUUUGCAGUGCCCACUCACACGCAAAAGGUUCAACAAUUUCACUAAAAUUGUCGCGAUCAAACCUACUGGAAAUGUUUUUUCGGCUGAUUCACUUACAAAUGUUUUAAAAUCAGAAAUGAAGGAUCCACUCUCGGGAAUAGAUAUUGUUAAGGAUGAUCUAAUUGUACUACAAGACCCUGAAAAACCGGAGAAGAGAUAUAUGGAAAAUGUAUUUAAAAAAAAUGAACAGCAUGAUACUAAAAAUAGUGCACCCACACCCAAUGACACUGGAGAUGAGAGUGUUGGUGAACUUAGUGUUAAGCAUAAGCAAUUAUUUCCAGCCAAAAAAAAUGCACAGGAACCAAGCCAAAAAUCGGAUUUGUAUACCACGCACAGACAAUCUGCGUCAUUUACUUGUACCGCUAUGCCUGUAGUUUACGAAACAGAAUAUAGAGACAAGACUGUUUUUGAACGUAAAAAUGAAUUCUAUCAACUGGCUCGCAUCAAUAAAUUGAAGGGUUAUGUCAAAAUUGUGACUACUCUAGGCGAUCUAAACCUCAUGCUGCACUGCAACAAAGUACCAAUUACGACCGAUAAUUUUUUACAACAUUGUGAAGAUGGAUAUUAUGAUGGUACAAUUUUUCACAGAUGCAUUGCCAAUUUUAUGGUACAAGGAGGAGAUCCAACCGGUACAGGCACUGGUGGAAUAUCAUCAUUUUACGAGCGAUGGUCAAAAGGAAAUAAAUGCGAACAAAAACCUGACAAAUAUUUCAAAGAUGAAUUUGACCAAGCAUUACAACACAUAGGAGAGGGGGUGGUUAGCAUGGCAAACUCUGGGCCAAACACCAAUGGAUCACAAUUUUUCAUCACCUUCAAAUCCUGCCAACAUCUAGAUAGAAAGCACUCCGUUUUUGGUAAAGUGGUAGGUGGCUUGGAUGUACUGGCUAAAUUUGAGAAGUUGGAAACGGAUAAGAAAGAUCGACCAAAGGAUCCGCCCAAAAUAUUGCGCACCAUUAUCUACGAAAAUCCCUUUGAACCAAACUUUGCCCAUGAGGCCAAACGAGCAAAUAAAUCUGGCAGUUUAUACGAUCUGUCGCAUGAAAUUCAACUCAAUACAAAUAAAGGUGCAAGUACUGAUGCUAAUAUUUUGAAAUCUAAGUUGGCCAGGAUUGCCAUGUUAAAGAGACAAACCUUCAAGUGGUGA